UCAAAAAAAUAUUAAUAAACCACACAUUCCCCAAGAAUGUUGAUCUAGGCGCGGACUGUGCCUCCGAGUAUUUAAAAGUGUUUUAAAUAGCUAUUAAAUUUGACAAUACAUAGCGUAUAAAGCAACUGUCAAGAUGACGACAAUGCAGCCGAGUAAAUACACGGGCCUGGUGGCCGAUCUGAUGCCCAACAUCCGGGCGAUGAAAUAUUCCGGCCUGUUCAUGCAUAAUUUCACCGGAGGAAGCGCCUUCAUGAAGAAGAUCUACUCGUCCGUGCACUUGUUCCUCAUUGUCCUACAGUUUGGCUUCAUUCUGGUCAACAUGGCGCUGAAUGCCGAGGAGGUGAACGAGCUAUCUGGAAAUACCAUAACCACACUCUUCUUCACGCACUGCAUCACCAAAUUCAUUUAUCUGGCUGUGAGUCAGAAGGGCUUUUAUAGAACCCUGAACAUUUGGAAUCAAGUAAACACACAUCCUUUGUUCGCGGAGUCUGAUGCUCGUUACCAUUCGAUUGCGUUGGCCAAAAUGCGUAAGCUCUUCUUUCUGGUAAUGCUGACGACUUUUGCUUCAGCCACAGCCUGGACAACCAUUACCUUCUUUGGUGAUAGCGUAAAGUUUGCGGUCGAUAAGGAAACGAAUUCCAGCAUUACGGUUGAAAUACCACGUCUACCCAUCAAGUCCUUCUAUCCGUGGGAUGCCGGCAAGGGCAUGUUCUAUAUGAUCAGCUUCGCCUUUCAAGUCUAUUACCUGCUCUUCUCCAUGGUGCACUCGAACCUGUGCGAUGUCAUGUUCUGCUCCUGGCUAAUCUUCGCCUGCGAACAGCUCCAGCAUCUCAAGGGCAUCAUGAAGCCGCUAAUGGAGCUGUCUGCCUCGCUGGACACCUAUCGACCCAACUCGGCCGCCUUGUUCCGCUCACUGUCGGCCAAUUCCAAAUCAGAGCUCAUACACAAUGAGGAGAAAGAUCCUGGCACUGACAUGGACAUGUCCGGCGUCUACAGCACUAAAGCGGACUGGGGCGCACAGUUUCGAGCACCAUCCACGCUGCAGUCCUUCAACGGUGGCACUAAUGGUGGUGGCGGCUUCGGUAACGGCGUCAAUGGCGCUAAUCCCAACGGGUUGACCAAAAAACAGGAAAUGAUGGUGCGCAGUGCCAUCAAGUAUUGGGUCGAGAGGCACAAGCAUGUGGUGCGGCUGGUAGCCGCCAUUGGCGACACCUAUGGAGCCGCCCUCCUACUCCACAUGUUGACAUCGACCAUCAAGCUGACCCUUCUGGCCUAUCAGGCAACAAAAAUCAAUGGCGUCAAUGUUUAUGCAUUUACGGUCAUUGGCUAUUUGGGCUAUGCGCUGGCUCAGGUGUUCCAUUUCUGCAUCUUUGGCAAUCGUCUGAUCGAGGAGAGCUCAUCAGUCAUGGAGGCGGCUUACUCCUGCCAUUGGUACGAUGGCUCCGAGGAGGCCAAAACUUUUGUGCAGAUCGUGUGUCAACAGUGCCAGAAAGCCAUGACCAUAUCGGGUGCAAAAUUCUUCACCGUUUCACUGGAUUUGUUUGCCUCGGUGCUGGGAGCUGUUGUCACUUACUUCAUGGUGUUGGUGCAACUCAAGUGAGCAGUCUACAACAACAACAAUACUCACAACAACAACAUGCUUACAAAUAUAUUGUAUGCCACCAACAAGGACGUUGGCGAUGGCGAGAAGAAGGACGUGGAGUUUCGGCACCUUGGCUUGGCUAACUUGGCAAAUGAAUUUGAUGAAUUGUUGUGCUUGUUCUACAAAUUGUGUCAAAGUUUUUUCUUAGCUCUAUAAUUCCCCAAUCCCUACCUCCACCCCGCCCCUCUCCCACACACAGUGCUAAAGAAAUACGUGCAUGUACCAUCAGAUGCCACAUCGCCUUAAAUCAACUCUUAUUCAAAAACUUCGUAUACCAAGUAGCUUUAAAGGCAUCUCUAGCUGACGAGCUGGUCGAAUAAACAGUAGCGAAUAAUUAUUUAGCUGCUUUGUGGUAACUCAUAUGAUGGCGUCGUAUUUUGAAAAAUGUUAAGCUACCAACC